AGGCCGAUGGGGGAGGGGGUCUGCUCCCCGGGCCGGCCCGCACCCCGCAGCGGCUCCACGGGCCGCGGGUGUGAGGGGCGGGUCCAGGCCUCGGCCCGCGCCGCCCCCAUGUGACCCGGUCCGACAUGGUGUCGCCUCCUCCCGGGGCGGCUGCGGCGGCGGCUCCGGCUCGGCUCUGCGUCGGGCCGGGCCCGCGGCCGCUCAUGGGCAGCCAGGGCCAUCCGGGGCCGCCCGGGAACUGCGGGCCCGGCGAGGGCGAGGGCGGGGAGGCGAGGAAACUGCAGGAAGGGAGGGUCGCGAGGGGGAAGCGAAGGAAGGGGAAGGGGAAGGGAAAAGCGGGAGCGGGGCAAGGCGGAAGAGGAAGCGGGGCGGAAGGGAAUCCCGGGCCGCAGAAGGCGAAGGAGGCUGCGGGGCUGGGGGCCGAGGCGGGAGCUAGCGCAGGCCCGGGGGAGGAAGGAGAGGGCUGCGGAAGCGUGGAGGAAAGGGAGAGAAGGAUCGUACGCAGAGAUGCGGGCAGCGCAGGGGCGGGGAAGGAGGCCAGAGGAAGAGGUGAUGGCAAGAAGGAGGAAUGGAGGGUCAGGCCUGGGCGGCGGGAGGACGCCAGGCCGGGGAGAGCACAGGGACGAGGGGCUCAGGCUUGGGGCUGCAUCGCGGGGGCUGGGGCGGCGGGGGAGGCCAUGGCGGCGGCGACCGAGGAGGAGGCGGCGGCCCGGGAGCCGGCCGGCCGCCCCGCUGCGGGGCCCGCGCUCUUGCGCCUGCCGGAGGAGCUGCUGCUGCUCAUCUGCUCCUACCUGGACAUGCGGGCCCUCGGCCGCCUGGCGCAGGUGUGCCGCUGGCUGCGGCGCUUCACCAGCUGCGACCUGCUCUGGCGCCGGAUAGCCCGGGCCUCGCUCAACUCCGGCUUCACGCGGCUCGGCACCGACCUGAUGGCCAAUGUCCCAGUGAAGGAACGGGUGAAGGUGUCUCAGAACUGGAGGUUGGGGCGCUGCCGAGAGGGGAUUCUGCUGAAGUGGAGAUGCAGUCAGAUGCCCUGGAUGCAGCUAGAAGGUGAUUCUCUGUACAUAUCCCAGGCUAAUUUCAUCCUGGCCUAUCAGUUCCGCCCAGAUGGUGCCAGCUUGAACCGUCGGCCCCUGGGAGUCUUUGCUGGGCAUGAUGAGGACGUUUGCCACUUUGUGCUGGCCAACUCGCAUAUUAUCAGUGCAGGAGGAGAUGGGAAGAUUGGUGUUCAUAAGAUUCAUAGCACCUUCACUGUCAAGUACUCGGCUCAUGAACAGGAGGUGAACUGUGUGGAUUGCAGAGGGGGCAUCAUCGUGAGCGGCUCCAGGGACAGGACGGCCAAGGUAUGGCCUUUGGCAUCAGGCCGGCUGGGGCAGUGCUUACACACCAUCCAGACCGAAGACCGAGUCUGGUCCAUUGCUAUCAGCCCAUUACUCAGCAGGUUGGAAACAGCAGCUCCAUCUAAAGUUGGUGCACUUGAGACAACGUGCACACUGUUCCUGGGGACUGGAGCCGUGGAAAUGUGCGGGCUGAAGAACACGCAUCGUGAAGGCAGGAGCUUGCUUACUUUGAGAAGGCGUUAAAGCCAAGGCUCUUCAGCUUCUGCUUUCUCUGGCCCUCUUCACACUGCAGAGGCAUCUUCCCUGUGAAAAGGUUGCCGGGCUUCGGAGCCCAGGCGGGAGCUUUGGCCACCGUGAUGGCGUUAUUUCCCACCCUGCGCUUAGUGGCUUGGAGCUAACAUGGGAGACCAACAGGCCGCGUCUCCCGAGAGCCCGAUCUUUGUAUCUGAUGUGUGCUCCCCCUCUGCCCUGUCAGUUUUGUGUGUUCACGGAGUGUUGAUUUUAAUGCGGGCCUGUGUCGGGCCGAGAGGCCAGGCUGGGGGGGGGGCCGCAGGUCUUUGUCUUGCAGGGGCUCUUCUUCUUGGAGGGUCUUCGGCCCUGGAGGCAAGUGGCAGAUUUGAGAGGUAGGGUGAGAUGCCAACUCUAGCUGGCAGAGGGUCCCCCCAUCCAUGCGUCUGUCACAGACCACCGUGGGGUGCCUAGAAAACAAGAGCACCUUGGGAUGUCUGGGCACACGCUUGCUCCCCCCCCCGCCCCUUGAGGGGGGCAGUUAGUUCUACCAUGUAGGGCUGCCAGCUUGAAACGAGUUACACCCCCCUUGUGACUGAGUCUGGCAGAAGCACAGACUGUGAGCCUUGGGGAGUCAGGGCGGGGCCCUGUCUGCAGGGGUCUGGGGAGGUGGGGGCAGGCAGGGGGCACGCUGGGAGAGCACAAGUCUGCCGUGGACGACUCCCUAGCGAUUGAUAAGGGUCAGGAGCGAACAGGACCAGCCAGAAAAGAGGCAAAGCGUCUGGGGGAACAUCUGCAAAUCUCAAAUGUUCCUCUCCAGCACUGGAGGGAGGAGUCCCGAGAACCUUGGGACAGGAUGGGAGGCAUUUUCCCCAGUGAGGAGAACUGGGGCCCCUCAUAGGUGCAACCACUGGGGGCUGUCUGACAGGAUGUCUUCUGUCUUUACCAUUCACCUCACUGCAUCAGGGGUUGGGGGAAAGGGUCUUUACCCGUUCUGAGCUCCUGGUCUUGCUGAGAGGCAAGAUGCGUACACAUGCCUCUGGGAGAGGAGGCUCUGGGAGCAUCAGCCUUGAUGUGGCCUGCUCUCCUUCUGGGGAAGGGGAAGCGCAGGGGUACCUCUGAGUCGGGGAGCCAGUGACGGAGGACAUGCCCCGCCAUGGCCAGCCCAUGGCCCUGGCAUCUGAUGUGGCGCUAGAGGCCUUCCACUGAGGAAUUGGGGUUUUUAGAAAGGGACUGUGUCCUCACUUUCCAUGCAGAUCAGAAGGCAGAGAUGUGGGCUGGCCCCUGAGAUGAGGUGGCCCUGGGGAGGCCUCCCGCCCAGGUUCCCUGAGCACAGCGUCUCCUCUGUGCUGCUGUUGGCGCCCUUCAGACUGUCCCGGGGACUGGUGCCAGUGCCACUGCCAGACCUGACGAGGGGAAAGAAGCUGGAACUCCAAGGCCUUCGAGGGGCCUGAGUCCCAGAGGGGCCACCAGUAAGGGGCAGCUCCUACUUUGGGCCACCAUGUGGCAGAGAACAUUUCUUUCAUGGAGAAAUAGGCCCUCCCGGCAAUACCCACCCCUUCCUUUUUCCUUUUACUGUUCUUUCCCUUUAACUUUUCCAAACGCUGUUUCUCCGCUCCCUUCUCUUCCAUUUUGUGGACAGCUCCUAAAGAGCCUAAAAGAGACAGAGCUGAUGUGAAUGGGUGUGAUAACGGAGGGAAGGGGUGUCAGGGAUGGUCAGGCUGGGACUCCAAGGCUGUAGGAAAUACCAUCCCCUCUCCCUGCCUCCCCAGGCUUUCCUGCCAGUGCCUGGCCAGGAGGGUACAACAGAUCAUAACCUUUAAACGCAAACUCGAUGGAGGAAAGAGGUAGAAACACGGAAACAAAUUAGAUCUAUCUAUAGGGGGUGUUCAGCUGGAGAAAAUGAGCAUUUCUUACUAACUGGAGUGCAGGGCAUUUCAUUAUGAAGCUUCAUUACAAGAGGGGGACGAGUGCAGUAGGCCUCUCUGGGGAUCCCCAGGCGGCUUUUCUCCCUUUAAAAGUAUAAUUGGGUUGAGGUUGGGGGAAGAGGCAGGAAUUGCUCUUGGUGACUUCGUGGAGUACCCAGGGAUUUAAAGCCAAGUUUGGCGCAAGGUAGAAGGGAGAGGUAGAUGGCAGGAAGGUGCUUAGAGGCCUCCCUCAUUCUGUGACCGUAAAGAAGUGAAAAGGCCCUGGUAGAACUGACUGAGAAAUUUGGAAUGAUCAGAAAAAUGUUGAUUAGAAAUCCUGCCUUCCUGGGAGACCUGAUACUUGACUAUUUUAACUUUUGAAUUAGAAGUCCAGAACAGUGGAAUUCUGAUGCGGUGGUCUUACACCGCUGUUUCCAGGAUGCGCAAGACUGUCCCCUUUGCUGCCAGGGAAGGGCUGGGGCAGGCUGGCCUUUCACUGGGCCUGGUGGAGUGCAUGUGCGUCUGUCCAGGCAGAAGGCAGCUGGUUCUGUCCACGGGGGAUUACCUGACUCCGUCAGGUGAGCUUGGCUUUGCAGUUCUGACGCCUUUUCCCUGCUGCUGCCCCUGCUGCCCCAGGGCUCCUGUCCAGAGGAUGAUCCAUCCCGAAAGAACCCCGGUCUGGACUACUGGCUCAAAGAAGUGACUAGUCUAGGUUUUGCCUCGUCACUUAGAUUAUCUUGUGUUCAGUGUUCUCAGGGAAGCUGAGAGAAGAUCCCAUUUUGUCACGGGAGUUUUCUCCUUGGCUGGCGUACCAAGAGCAGAAGUACAAAAAUCUCAUUUAUCGUGACUGCAUGAAAGGCCUGGAGGUUUCGCUUUCUCCCAAACCAUCCUUUGCUUUUGCCACGAGUCUCUGUUUAGCUCGGCUUCCCUGAGGUUCCUGGCACUUGAGUACAUAACCUGUUUUCCUGGAACUGAUAGACCUAAUUCCUAACGGAGGCCCGAUCCUUUCAUUCAGAGGCUUGGGACCUCUCUGCCUUUCGGGUGAACCUGAGACUUUGGAGCUCGCUGAGCACCUGUAGGAGGUGCUAUUUCCCUCUCCUGCCCCCCCCCCUUCUGCCCCUCCCACAGAGGGAAAGGUAUCCCUCUGUGCACUUUCCACUUCCCAAAAAGGAGGAGAAGGGAUGAUUGGAGGAAGCGGUUGGCACCUUGUCGCCAUUAGCUGAGUGAGAGGUAGCCAGCGCUGAUUUUUUUUAUUGGCAGGCACAACUCUGUGCCCUUGCGUUCCCAGCUCUGUGUGUGUCUGUCACCUGUCUCUGAGUCUGUGUGUCUGAAAGGGUGUGUCAGGAUGGCAGGCAGAUUCCUUGGUCUCUGGGUGUGUUUCCUGGCCACGCGAGAACAACCUCUCCUGAAGUGAUACCUGUGGGAUCCUCUGCCUUUUGCUCUCAUUGCUUUUUGUUGAUGUCACUGCUUCUCCUGGGACCCCAUCGCCUCAAAAAGGCACCUCAGCGUAAGUGAUUCUUAUGUGGAUUCUUAAAGCCACUGGCUUCCUCUGUUUUCUUUCCCCUGGAGCCUGGAGGAGGGGCUGGGAGGGUCAGUGAGUUUCUGGCAGUCACCUUGUAUCCUGAAGCUCCAUCCUCCCUCUAGCUUAUCUUUUGCCCAGGCUUCUUGAAGUUCUUCUGUGAAUUCUCCUCCUAUUGGUGGCAGCGAGCAAGGAAAUGCUUUCUGGAAGGAGCCGUGUGCUUCUCAAGCAUGUCACAGCAGGUGGUUGUGGGCACAUGGGGGAACGCAGAACCUGCACAGAGAAGGCGGCGGGAGCUGUCCGCUUGGCAGAGGGCCGAGGCCUGGGCAGUUGCAGCCGACCGGAGGCUUCUGAGCAGUUUAUCAUCAGGGUGGAAACUCCUUGGCUUUUCAAUGGAGGGAGCGGAAUGCUGGGUGGGGGUGGGUGGGGGGAGGCUGGUUUUCUCUAGAGACCUUUGACUUGAGGGUAUUUCCAGUCAGCAGCUAACAGGGUUCGGUACUUGGCACAGGCACAGUGUAGCAAUGAAAGCCUCAAGUGAGGGGGCCACCCAGCCAGUCAUUUAGGAGCCCACACUACUGUCAACUGUGUCUGCAAACUUGUGAUGCUGCCUUUCAUUCUUCUAGAAGAUUGGUAUCCCAUCCCAAGUGGCUUAGUGAGAAAGACCGGAAACUUCUAAUCAAAGCAGCUUCUUGGUAUCCUAAUGUUUUUCCCAAAAGAAAAAUCCAUGCUUUUUAUAGUUUGUGAUUCCAAAAAUGCAUGACAAAAACACACCACCAGAAAAUCCCUGUCUCAAAGCAAGCAGUAGGGGUGUGGCGUGAGUGGGUUGGGCUAAACCUGAGGAAGUAGGUGGGCUGUGAAGGCAGCUGCUUCGGGAAGGGCUCCCGGGGCCGGUGUCUCCUGAGAGGCGAGGUGAAAACCUCUCCUAGGCCAGACAGCCAUGAGAAUAGUCCUUCCCCUCACGCUCUAAGGUGGCUGGGCCAGGGAAGGUCUAGAGUCCGUGUUCGGAGGCCCAGUGGAAGGGAGCUAACAGAGGCCGAAUGACCUGUCGGUGAGACUCCAAUCCUAGAGAUAACAAGGAAACGGGUUACGGUCACUGGCAUCUCCUGCACACACUGUAGGGGCCUUGCCUAAGCCUGUGGCCAGGAGGGUGUGAUUCUUGGGAACGAGUGGGUUCUGGCAGCCCCUGGUGUCAGGCCUCUGUUUGAAAGCCAUGCAUGUUUGUGACUGGCAGGACAGCAUGGCUCUGUGUGGACCCAGGGGGUUUUGUGGUGGGACUGAGGCCACACUGUACCUCCUCCCUAAGCACCCCCAACCAAGAGGUAAAAAACGCCCCUCGAGACCUCUUGGGACCCAACGCUAGAUCCACUGGGACUCGAAGUCUCAGAAGAGGGAUGAUAAUGCUAGGUGUGGUGGGAUCGCUGUCGGCUGUUAACGAUCUGAAUCUUGGGUUUGAAAUUAAUUGGAUUGCAGAAGCAACUUCCUUUUAUUAUUUUUUCAAACCAACUAAAUACCCCAAAACCAAAAUUUAAAACCCCCGAACCUUUCAUCCUUUUCCCUUUCCCUGUGGCUUUAUUUGCUGGGUAGUGAAAAGUGCUUUCCCCAGCCUCCUUUGGGUUGCUAUGCUGAACAAAGUGAGAAACCCGGGGAAGGAGGAAGCUGGUGCCAAAAGGGCUGGCCGCUGCCUCCCCAGCUCUGCGUCCCCUGGCCUGCCCCAGCCGCCUCACCGUCUGGGCCGCAGCCCAGGCAAGCAAAGGCGCCUUGACCAACAACAAGCCCCAGCUUUGUUGCGCCUGUGGGGGAACUGCUUUCUGGAGCCCAGGGAUCUCCUCUGAGAGCCACCUGUGCCUCCCAGCCUCCUGCCUGGCCUGGGCCUUCUGGCACAGGGGCCCCCGCAUUCCAGCCAGCAGGCUGAUGGUAGAAUGAGGGGCGGGAGAGGAUGAAGGGGACUGUGGUCAGUUUGAGGGGGCACAAAUUCCAGUCUGUCCCUUUAGGGUUCCUGGUUGGCUCAAGAUCUCCUGUGGCCCUGGCCAGGUUAAAUUUGUCCUGUCUGUCAUCAGUACUGACAGCAACUUUCUGAAGUAGUCUGCAGAAUAGGGAUAGGGAAUCCACGGUCUCUCGUCUUACCUAGUUCUUGGUGCUUUGGGAGGGGAGUGACGGAGUUUCCCCUUACAGGCCAUUUCUUGUUCAGGAGUCCUUAGUGCACUCUCUUGCCCAGCCAGUGAUGAUAAUGAUGCCAGCUAAAUGUGCUGGACACUUUAAAUUUUUUUUUUUUCAAUGUUUGUUUAUUUUUGGGACAGAGAGAGACAGAGCAUGAACGGGGGAGGGGCAGAGAGAGAGGGAGACACAGACUCGGAAACAGGCUCCAGGCUCUGAGCCAUCAGCCCAGAGCCCGACGCGGGGCUCGAACCCACGGACCGCGAGAUCGUGACCUGGCUGAAGUCGGACGCUUAACCGACUGCGCCACCCAGGCACCCCAGUGCUGGACACUUUAUAGCUCAUUGAACCCCCCAGACUGUUACUAUCACCAGCGUCAGUUUACAAAGAAGGAAACGAGGCCCAAGAGAGCUUAAUUAACAUGCCCAAGUCAAGUCUGGUAAUCGAGGCAAUCAGGGUUUGAGCCCUGGCAUCAGAUUCCAGAGUUCAUACUUUUGUUUAAGACAGUUUAUUUGUUUUUGAGAGAGAGAGGGAAUGUGAGCGGGCGAGGGGCAGAGAGAAGACGGGGAGAGAGAGAGAAUCCUAAGUAGGCUCCGCACUGUCCAUAGAGCCUGACAAGGGGCUCGAUCUCACGAACCAUGAGAUCAUGACCUGAGGUAAUAUCAGGAGACUGACACUCAACCAACAGAGCCACCCAAGCGCUCCCAGAGCUCAUGACUUUUAACUACUGUGCUACACUGUCUGCCUUCGCAGCCCGUGGGGAUCUCACUCACAUUUGGAAUUAGAACUUGUUGAUGGUCUUGAAUUGCUUCUAAUUUUUUUUUGUAAUGUUAAUUGAAGACCUCACUCUCUGGCCAGACCUUAAGCUGCCUAACGGCAGGCAGGCCCGUGUGAGUUGUUUUUCCUGAACACCCUGGCACCUGUGGCACAGGGCUGGCUUAGGUGCCUUCAGGUGCUUGUUGAAGGAACGAGGCUUCCUGUUGCUGCCUCCAGUUCAGGAAUUGCCCAAGCGAGGGAUUGUUUGAUGAAAGGGCCGGUGAGUCCCAGAGCAAGAGCUCCCCUCUGUGGGGAGAGGGGGGCCCAUGUAGGUGGGGCACAGGACGGGGGAACGUGCAGGAGAAGAUGGCAAGACAGAAUCGAGGCCAGAUGUGGCUGGGGCCAAGCCAGCUGUUCUGAGCAACAAGGUCGCUUGUCCCCUGCUGUUGGUCUGGACUGCUCCCAGAGGGAAGAGGCUCUUUGAGGAGUGGUGGGGUGUAAUGGGAAGGUCUGCGUUCAUGUCUCUGAACUCUGGGUGUUUGGACUAACCACCCUUUACUUUGUAGACUCUUCUGUAGAGAAUCACUUUGAACCUUUGCUGCAGGGCCUGAGGGUGGGAAUACUAGUUCCUACCAGCCCAGGCCAGUGGAGGAGCAGGGUGACCAUAGCAUGACACUGUAAUAGCACUGGGGGCUAGAUCUUGAUGUGGGAUAAACACGCACAACAUCUGACCCGACCAUACCCUAUAAGCCAUCUGCUAAACUGUCCCAACUGCCCCCAGCUGUGGCUGCCCCUGAAUAGAGUUCACCUGGGCUCUCAGACUCCAUUAUGUAUGGCGACGGUGGUCAAUGCCGGCAUGCUCUGCAUUGGGAGUGCAGCCGGGAGGCAGGGCUGCACAGAAAGGUGUGUGCUGUGGGUGGUUCAGCCUCGUUCGUCUUCACCGGUCCCGGGUCCCACUGGGUUGCAGUAUUAGUAGUGGAGUAGAGUCCUGGAGAGGAUCUGCUUCUGGGGUGUGCAGGCAGGGCUCUGAAGGUCUGAGUCCAAGGCAGAACGUUUAGAGGCUACAGGGACAGGGCUCCCCCGAUCCCCUACUUCUUCUUAAAUGAAUAGCCCUCCCACCCGCUGCCCCAUUUCCUGUUUUAUAAAUCUAUCAGAGAUGCUACUUCACACGUUUUCUGUUGCUUUUUUAAAAAAGGUAGCAAACCUUGUUCUGUUCCCUCCCCUCCUUUUACAGACAAGAAAUGUGAGGUCCCGGGAGGUUGCAGGCUUGCUGGAGGUGAGCCGGCCUGUGAGCAGCCAAGCUGGCACUGAACGCUGGCCUCCCGCGUCCCAGCUCCUGGACCUUCCCACGUGCCACAGCGAUGCCUGCCUUGGUGCCUGCCCUGGCCUGUGUUCUGGGCAUUCUCACCUGGCAACAGCCUCACCUCCUCAUUGUCUCUCUCACCCAGGCACAGCUCCUCUGUCAACCAGCCUUUCUGUUUCUGGUUCUCAUUUUUUCACUCUUUCAAGAACUGCUUCUUUCUCUCCUGGCUCCGGAUCAAGGCUCUCUGAAGGGCUGGUCAUGAGAGGCCUGCAGGCCUUGCUGCUGCUGGCCGGGUGGUCAUUUCCACUGCUGGAGCCCACAUUUCUGGCCUUGGGACACCUCAGCGCUGACCCCAGAUAAGCCCUGGGCUGCCUUCAUUUUGUGCCUCUCUAGCCUCAAAGCCAGCCCCAAGCAGAGGGGCUGUGCUUCCUCUGCUUAGCUGGGUGGUAGGGGCUGCUGUGGCAGCACCAAUAGACCUAAGUGUCUGAGGAGCCAUGAGUCCCCCUGUCUUGGCCCCAGGAGAGUCUCUUUCCCUAAAGCUCCCCUACUCAGAGGUGUCCAUGAAGGCCCAAACUGAAAUGUGAGCUCCAGCCCCGGGCCCUUUGGAGACAGACAGACAGACACAGCACUGUAGCCCUCCGGCCUUCCUCAUUCCUGCCCAGCUCAGUCUACCACCCUUUCCCUGUUCUUUGCGUCAUAAACACAGGUCCUUGGUGCUAGGUAAAGGCCAACAGUAUCGUCUUGCUUGCCUCCACCUCCUAGAAAGCUAUCUGGGGCCACUGGCUCUGACUGGAAGACUCAGAUUGGGUAGGUGAUGGUGUAGGUCCCUCAUCCAGGCCCCAGUCCCAGCUGCCCCCACCAGCUCUGGUCUAGCUCACCAUGGGGCCCGAUUCAGAGGCCUCUUUUGUUUGACUUGCACAGAGCAGCCUGGCUCACCAUUCCCACAUGCCGAAGUUUCCCUACCAUUCACUGGGAAGGCUGAAAAGCCCUCAGCUAAUUGCGUUGGGCUGAAAAUUACCACUUCCCUGUGUUCCCCUGCUGCUGAGGACAUUUGUGUCACUGCUGUAUUUAGGGGGAACAAAGGCCCCCUGUGGGGAGAGCCCAGGUACGAAUGUGGGAUGGGGGGAGUAAUUGCAGUCUCUCCAGGUGAAAGCCCCUGUUAAACUUCAGUAAGUCAAUUAGGCUUUGGGGUGGGGGGAGGGCAGAGACCCCCAUGAUAAACUGUUCCCACCAAGCAAUUAAAGAAAAUCAUUUUAGCUUUGAGGAGAGAAACUGCUUAUUAGAAAUUUUGUGGGACCCCCCCUUCCCUAUCCCUGCCCCCACCUUGGGAUGAAACAACAAAACGCCUUCCUCAAUAGAAGUGUCUCUCCUCCUCCUACUCAUUGUGUGGCCUGAAAGCGCUUACCGUGGGAGGGCAGAGGGAGGAACACAGGCCAAAGGGGGGAGAAAAAUGGCAGGGGCUUAACACCUGGGCUGGCUAAAAAUCACAACUGCCCCACAAGACUGGGUAGAGACUCCUGCAGGCACAGUGCUUACCCAGGUUGUGUGGCGGGGUAUAGUGUGUGGGACAGGAAUGUGUCCAUGGACCUGCUCUCCUGUCCUCGUCAGGAGUGGAAACAUCCAGUAGUGGCAGUGGGGGGAUCUGUGUAUGUGUGUGGCACCGUGGGUGCCCCCUUACCAAAGGGAGCAAACACAGGCUGCGUGUGUGCAUGUGUGUGCUUACGUGUUCCUUCUCAGCAAAGGGUGGCAAGGCUAAGACAACCCAGCUGGGCAUGCACCUCUUCCCAAGGCUGUGACUGGGCCCACGUUCUCUCUCCUCCCAGGAGCCAAAUACCAGCACCUGGGAGUUGAGCCAUAGCAUAGCUUUCCACCCUGGACAGUAGGCAACUGAGGGCUGAAUGGCUAGCAGCCAUCUGCUGGCCCUGGGCUAGGGAUGGGCUGGGGGGAGUGAUGGAUAGACAUGCUAAUCACCGUGUUCUUCCCCGUGUUGCUUGGGUGGGGGCCGGGAGAGGUGUGGAGACUCAGCAGGAAAGAAAUCAGUGGCUUGGCACGUGCUUUCUUGGUAUCUAACUUGGCUGAUGUAGCUUAUGGCGGAAGUCUCCAGUUGGCAACCUCCCCCACCCCCGAUUUCUGAUGAGAAACACAAGGUAGAAAGACCAGGUGAUCUCAUCUGGGGAAGAUGGUGGGGAGGGCGGUAGACUUUUGAAGUUGAUAAUUUGGUGAUUUACAGGUGCGGAUACACGUGUGUAGCCACAGAUCGCAGGUAGCAUAGGUACCACACGCUGCCCUGCCCCACAUCUUGGUACUUCAAGGAGGGCCUGGUGGCGCUGAUGGUGGGCAUGGCAUGGAGUCAGGUACUGCCCUGGCUUCGGCGCUUCCCUGUGGCUCAUGAUUAUUAUUAUUGGAACAUGAUUCCAAUGUUCCAAAGAGGUGAAAUUAAACAUCGUGGGGUUGACUUUUCCCAGAAAACAAAUAUGCCAAGUUAUUUGCCUACCAAGGGGCCUUAGGAGGUAGAAUUUGGUGCCUACAGGCUGGCAGUGGGGAGGUGAGGGCUGUUGACAAAGUCCUGAGCGGGAGCGUGGAGGUGAGCUUUUAUGGAGAACAAGGGCUCGUUAGAUUUUGGGGGUCUUGGGGAGGGUGUGGAAGAGCUCGGAGAGCAGAAGGAAUGGGGGGCUGCUCACUGUGAUGGGCUCCACAUGGUGGCUGCCUGUAAGGAGAUGCAUCUUCAGAGGAACAUGAAGCUCAAAUACACGCCCUGUUUCGCUGCAGGUUUUUUGUAUGUAUGUAUAGGUAUGUACAAGCCCACACACAGGUGUCUAUUUACAUAAUCUAUAGUGAUGUGUUUGUAGAGCUUUUACAUAACCGAUGAUCUCGUUUAUUAUUUUAUGCUCCAGAAUGUGGUUUUCCGUGAUUGGGCCUUGGUUUCUUCAUACCUAGUUUCCGAUUUAUGACUUUACAUGGCUUUCUGACCUAGGUCCAGGUUCAUUAAAGAGUGUGAGGUUUUUGGGGGACUUUUUGAGGUAUGCAUGCCGUUGUUUUAUUUCUGGUCUUAGCUUUUGAAGAAAAAGAAACUUUUGCCCGCUACGUGUGCAUUUCCCGCUUGGCUCCUCCACUGUUUUGUGUGUCACUCAAAGGGGUCCAGCAGUGGGAUAUUUGAGUUUGCUCAUCUGGCUGGAGUUUUUUCCACUGGGUUUGGGGGCCGUUAGUUUUGAGUCGGGGUGGGGGGGGGAAUGAUAAAAGGAGCUGCAGCAAAGGGGUUGCUUGGGGUUAUAAAGUUUUACGUGUGUGUGUGUAUUUUCAAAUGUUUAAUUCUGAAAACUCUCAAACACAAAGAGAAAAUAGUAGAAUUAACUUCCACGUCCUUAUCUCCAUCUUACCAAUUGUUCUGGGUGCUUCUUUAAUUCAGGUCAGAUGGGUGCUGGGAUCACAUCUCUAAAUGGCCACCCCGAGGGAGCUGGCACUCCAGGGGUCCCAGGCGCUGUCCCGUCAGAGGUGUCUUCUGGCCGAACUUGUGCUCUCCUUGGAUAAUCCAGUCCCUCAAGCACACCUUUAUUAUCUGUUUUGUUUUUUUGUUUGGUUUUUAGUAAGUUCUACGUACCACAUGGGGUUUGAACUCAUGACCCGGAGGUCAAGAGCAGCAGGCUCUAUUUGACUGAGCCAGCCAGGCACCCUUAUUAUGUGCCCUUGUCCGGCCUGCCUCCCUCCCCGUUGCUGGGAGGGGGAGAGUAGAUUUUUUUCCCUGGCCCUCUCCUCGGACCUUGGGGGAAGAGAGUGCUUCAGCCCCUGCUGAAGUUGCUGGCUAGCCUGUGCUGCCCUGUUCCAUCUGCUCUCCUCGUAGACACACCAGCUCUUGAUUCGCGGCUGAGGUGUCCUCAGCCAGGCCUCAAGGUGUCCAGUAGGUGCCUGGCAAAGCCUGUUGCGCAUCCGUCGGUGAAGAGCAUUCAAAUGGGGAAGAAGCUGGCAGCUACGGAACAGAGGCUCUGGUGGGGUCAGGACCGAUUGGUUGUAAGCAACAGAAAUCAAAUCCACACUAACUUGAAUAAAACUGGGAAUGUUUGGUUCAUGAAAUCCAAGGGUAAGGCUGAACAGCCAAGCCCCAGGGGAGCACAGAUACAGGGGGCUCAGGAGUAGCUAGACCCAGGGGCCACAGUGCUGCCAGAACUUUAUCCUUUUGGGGUGCUUGGCUUUGUUUCUUCCCGGACUUCCACUCCUUUCUUCUCCCUAGCUUACCAGCUUAUUCUGGAGGCUGCCAAGAGCCCCUGAAUUUAACGACUCCUAGUUUAAGUUCAUGGUGAGUGACUGGCUUCCAAAAAUCCCAGCUCAGACUCCUUGGCCCAGCUUGGGUUAGUUGCCCACCCCUUGAUCCGUUAAGGGUGGCUGAGGAGGGAGAGUGUGUAAGAACAUGGGAAGUCGCUCAGGAAUCAUACGUGUGGAAGGAGGUUGUAGGGCUGACAAACAAUAGGUGUCUACUAUUUUCAUAAAGGCCAAACUAUGCUGUGACAUCCAGCCCCGAAGUGUCUGUGUGAAUGGCAUCAGUAUGUGGGUAGUGACUGAGCUCACAGCCUUGGCUACCGGCUCUUAAAGUCAGAAUAUGGAGAGAACUGUCAAACUGGAGCCUCUUACCUCCUCUUCCUCACAUUAUUACUGGUCUUCUGAUGAGCGAUUCCUCCUUUCUAGCUGUUAAUGGUGUCCUCACAAAAACCACUUUCCUAAAGUGACCUGCACAGGAGGAAGGACCCGGCUACAGACACAUGAGGUUGGACACAUGAACAGUGAGCGGCUCAGCCAAUGGGGCAGAGAGAUUCUAGAGCCAGGUCCUGGGAUGGCACAGGCCUGACCUGGCCAAGCCUCCUCCAGGCAGAAACAACUAGCAGGAGGCCCGAAUGACCCUCAAGGAGUACAGUUUACCUCACGGAAUAGAAUGGAAGACAGACUCCUGCCUCUUCCCUCCUUAGUGCCAUUGUCAAGAGGGCAGGGAAUCUUGGGGAGGAGCAAAGUUCAGGUCAACAUGCCUGGUGCUGCUAGCUAAUCUGGGAACAGGGAGGUUCCUUGGAACUUCACUUUCCUGGAAAGGCCUGUAGUGGAAGUCUUGCAGGAAGGGACCUUGGUACCCUUACUUUUCUACUGUCUCUCGCUCUGAUUAUUCUACCUCCCCCCAUAAUGUAAGCCUCAGUCUGUAUGGCAAAAGAGAGGACUCUGGGGCCCUUGUCUCCUGUCACGGGGAAGGAAUGGACAUGAGUCACUGGUUGGCUUUGCACACCAAGGUCUGCUCCUGGCCCUCCUCUGUAAGGGAGCCCUUCUUUCUUGAGGGAGAGUCUCUGCCUGCUGUGCACACAGACACCUCGUCCUCUCCUCUCCUCUUGUCAUGAGUCCUACUUCUGAAGCCUUGCUGUGCAUAAUUUAUGAUGCAUAGCAGGCCCUACUGACCCGUCGAUCUGCAUGACACCCCCUUCCUUCUCCUCAACUCCACCCACCCCUGCCCGGUAGCCUUCAGGGUAAUGGCGGAACGUGCCACAGCAAUCAGACAAGGUUGAGGAGUUUAGAGUUUCACUUCUUCUCCUAUCUUGUAUUUAUUUAUUUAUUUAUUUAUUUAUUUAUUUAUUUAUUUGAGUGGGGGAGGGGCAGAGAGAGAGGGAACAGAGGAUCCAAAGCAGGCUCUGAGCUCAGCACAGAGCCCGAUGCAGGGCUUGAACCCAUGAACUGCAAGAUCAUGACCUGAGCCGAAGUCAGAAACUCAGCUGACUGAGCCACCCAAGUGCCCCACUCCUGUCUUGUUUUGAUGAAAGGCAAGAGGUCCAGGGAUGUGGUUGGUGGCAGUGAAUCCACAGGUCGACAUUAACACCCUCUGCCUCUCUGGUUUUAGUUUGCUGGAUGUCACUGUGGGACUCUUUCAUUGGUGGGUCAUUAGGGCCUCUCUUUAAGCCUUGCUAGAGUUAUGAGGCCACUGGAUGAGGAAAGGCCACGCGGUCCUGUGGUGGGUUGUGUGUAUGGGCUCCCCUGACCUUUGUUUCAUCAGAAAGAACCUGAGAAGGUCUUAAUUGUGCUUUGAUGUUUGUCACAUGAAAAAGACUGCCUCCCAUUCGUGCUUGUGGAACAUUGAGCAUAAAAAUAAGAUCCACGUCAGUUUCUUAGGGACUCCAUUGCUGGGCCUAAAUAUGACAGUGGGUUGGGGAUAGAAGGUCUUAGGAUCAUAGGUCACAUAGGUUUCUCUUUGACCUGACCUUCUCUUCUUCUCUGUUGGUGUUACAAACACUUAAUGCGCCUGCCAAUAUCUGGAUCAACUCUGAGUUUCAAGGGCCUUCUAUGGCUUGUUAAUGUGGGUAUGUUUAGAAAGAAUCAGAUUUUAAAAUAAACAUGUUGAGUUUAUGUCCGGCGUAUCUGUGCAGUCUCUGGGCAAGCUCUGCUCUCCUGUCUGUGGAGCCCCUGUUCAUCCUAAUGGUUCUCAUCGUCCUCCCACCUCAUGCCCCUCUUCAAAUGCCAGCCACUCACGUUCCUCAGCAAACCCGAACAAACACCAGAUCUGGUCUGGCCUCAGUCUCCCCCAUGAUCACCAGACCAUGUGGGCCACCCAUGUCCAGAAGAAGGCAUUAGCAGCCUGGUAGCCCAGGCCUUGGGCCUAACCACUACCUUGAUGCCAAAACGGGCCGCCUAAAAGGAAAAAGUGAUAUGUUUUGAAAUUGGACAUCUGUUGUGUGCUUGAGGCUUAGCUGGUCAUAGCAGCAACAGUUAUUUGAGUACCCGCUCCAUGCAGGGCACUGCUGGGGGGUCAGCCAUGGCCUUGGCCUCUGAUGGGCCCCCAGUGGAGUACAGAAGCUUGUCAUUGACUUCUUUAUAGAGAGAGUGGUCAGGAUGCAGGAGUUUAGAGGAAAGGUUCUAUAAGAGCAGGGGUGAAAUUAUGAAAUUCUCAUAGGCAAACUGUUCCCAGGCCUUAACUGCUCAGAAGGCCUCCAGGUGAAAGGUCUGGGUCAGAGGGUGCCAGCCAGGUCCGGGAUGGGGCCAAGAGACACUGACUGCAGUUUGUGGCAAAUGCGGAGUUGCUCAGAAUUCAGUGUGCCACCGAUAGACCUCCCAUCUUCCAGGCAACUUGAAAAUGAAUAUUCUUACUACCAUCUUCCUUUUAAUUCCUCAUUUUCUCUUUUGUUUUGUUUUUACAUAAGUAAUAGAGAAAUAUGUUCCGGUUGUAAAAAGUUCAAACACUAAAAUACAUAAAACAUAAAAUAAAAAGUCCCCUUCGGUUUCCAGCAGCCCAUUCCCCCCCCCCCAACUCCUUUUUAUAGGAAGUGUGGUAUGUGUCACUCCACAUCUUUUAUUUAAAGCAAAUAGAUCAUAUAAUUUAAUGGUAUAUGUAUGUAUGUGUGUAUGGACACACGCACACGCACAUCGAGUUUUACUUUGUUUUGGGCUCAUCAUGCAUUUGUUCUACAACUUGAAUUCUUCCUCUGUCCAUGUGGUUCACCGGGCCUUUGCUGGGAGAACACACAACUUUAGCACAUUGCCACGGCCGCAUUCUAGUUCACACUAAUAUGCGUGCCCCAUAGCACAUCCUGCUAUUGAUGGACGCUUGGGUGGUUCCUCGUGGUUUGUUAUUAUAAACAAUGCCUGAGACAACA